AUAAUGCCGCAGUACAGAGCGGCUUGAAAGGCUCUCUUUUGUCUUUGGCAUUUUCUCAAACACCUUCCAAAGCCAAUUUCCCAAAGAGGGGAUAAGGGUAGUGUAGGGUAUCCUCUAGUGGGGGUCUUUUGGAUUGGAAUUUCUGCAUUUCUGCUCCUCAAAUGGCUUCCACACUUGCAGAUUCAAGCUUCCUUUUCAUGGGACCCCGUCAAAGGCCAAUUAAACCCCAUAGAUUUCAACCACUUAAAUCUCCAGGCCUAUAUUAUUUGAAGUGGAAAAGUCUGCGUCCAACUAGAAUCAAACACCAAAGAUGUUUGAUUCCCCUAAGAAGGAUUACCACCGUACGAGCUGUGGCAGUUCCAGUUGCUCCAUCUCCAGCAGAUAGUUCACCAUCUCCAGCAGAGAGUGCAGAGUACAGAAAAAAAUUAACUGAGAGCUAUGGUUUUAAGCAAAUUGGAGAACCACUUCCAGAAAAUGUUACCUUGAAAGAUAUUGUCGCUACCCUUCCAAAAAAGGUGUUUGAGAUUGAUGAUGUGAAAGCAUGGAAGUCAGUUUUAAUAUCUGUCACUUCCUAUGCGUUGGGCCUCUUCAUGAUAUCCAAAGCCCCAUGGUAUUUACUUCCUCUAGCUUGGGCAUGGACAGGGACUGCAAUCACAGGGUUCUUUGUUAUAGGACAUGAUUGUGCACACAAAUCAUUCUCAAAAAACAAAUUAGUGGAAGACAUUGUGGGGACUCUGGCUUUUUUGCCGUUGAUAUACCCCUAUGAGCCAUGGCGUUUUAAGCACGAUCAACAUCACGCAAAAACAAACAUGUUGUCUGAAGAUACAGCUUGGCACCCUGUUUGGAGAGAGGAGUUUGAUUCAUCUCCAGUUCUGCGGAAUGCAAUUAUAUAUGGCUAUGGCCCACUUCGGCCUUGGAUGUCUAUUGCUCACUGGUUGAUGUGGCACUUCGAUGUGAAGAAGUUCAGACCAAAUGAAGUUAAAAGGGUGAAGAUAAGCUUGGCUUGUGUCAUUGCGUUCAUGGCAAUCGGAUGGCCACUGAUUAUCUACAAGACAGGGAUCAUGGGAUGGAUCAAGUUCUGGUUAAUGCCAUGGUUGGGUUAUCACUUUUGGAUGAGCACUUUUACAAUGGUCCAUCACACAGCACCUCAUAUACCUUUUAAAUAUUCUGAUGAGUGGAAUGCGGCUGAGGCUCAGCUCAAUGGCACAGUUCACUGUGACUAUCCUCGUUGGAUAGAGAUCCUCUGUCAUCAUAUCAACGUCCACAUCCCCCACCAUAUCUCUCCUAGGAUCCCAAGCUAUAAUUUGCAUUCGGCUCAUCAGUCGCUCCGUGAGAAUUGGGGAAAGUAUCUGAAUGAGGCGACUUGGAAUUGGCGUCUAAUGAAGACCAUACUCACGACAUGUCAUGUUUACAACAAGGAGCAAAACUACAUCGCCUUUGAUGAACUUGCCCCAGAAGAAUCCUAUCCGAUAACAAUCCUUAAAAAAGUAAUGCCUGAUUAUGCUUGAUUUACAUGUAUGUGUAGAAAGAAAAGCAUUAUAGGAUGCUUCUCGGAAUUCAGUUACUUUACCUAAUUUUUCAAGGAGAAAAAACCACAUAUGAGUUCUAUAUAAUAUGAUAAAAUUAGCCGGAAA